AUGCGUCGAACGGUGAUGGUGGAGAGGACGUUAUCGGUCGUGACGCGCGCGCGAGUCUCGAUGUCAACACGGGUGAGAGGUCGAGCGGCGGCGAAAGCGAACGCCGUGGCGGAGAACGGGCCGGUUCCCGAACGCGCCUUCGUGCGACCGCCGAACGCACCGAAGGACGACAACACCUGGCGAAAUAUGACGAUUUUGGUGGAUAAACCAAAGGGGUACACGUCAUUUGACGUCGUCGCGCGCGUACGAAGGCUGAGUAAACAGCGAGGGGUGAAGAAGGUUGGCCACUGCGGAACGCUCGAUCCGAUGGCGACCGGGUUGUUGAUCCUGUGCGUCGGUCGGGCGACGAAGAGCGUGGAUGAGUACACUGGAAUGGACAAGACGUAUACGGGGACGAUUAGAUUGGGCGAGGGCACGCCGUCGCAGGACGCGGACGAAGCGGUGAACGAGCGAGAGCCGUGGGAGCACGUCACCGACGAGGCGUUGCGAGAGCGCGCGCGAGCGCUCACCGGACCCAUCGAACAGCUCCCCCCGAUGUACUCCGCGAUAAAGGUGGACGGUAAGCGAUUGUACAAGUCUGCUCGAGAGGGCGUGGAAGUCGAGCGCAAGACGAGACCCGUGGUUAUUCACGAGUUCCACGUCGAGCGCGACUCGGAGGAUGCACAAUCGGUGCACUUUUCAGCGCACGUCUCCAAGGGAACGUACGUGCGCACGCUCGCGUAUGAUUUGUGCAAAAGUCUCGGUACGACGGGUCACCUGACGGCACUUCGACGUACGAAGAUUGGUGGCGAGUUUGACGUCGAAGACGCGUGGUCGAUUGAACAGCUCGCCGAGGCGUGCGGAGAAGAUCCGUCAAAGUUUCAGAAACGCGAAAGGGGAGCGACUGGAGGGGGAAAGAAGUCGCAGAAGAAGAAGAAAUCGGAGGAAAAUGGCAAAGUUGAAAAGGCGGGGAACGAAAAGGUUGGGCUCAUUACUAGACUAGUUGGGCUACUGAAGAGGCUAGUGCGUUUUGGUGUAAAGUAA